UCCCCAAACCAUUCCCAACCUCACCUCACUCUGAAACACACUCUCACCUCUCUCACUCACCGCACGGUUGCCGCCGGUUGUCACUUGCCGCCGAAGCUUCGUUCUCUCGAAUGAUAAGUUUUGAAAAUUGGACCGGACCGAUUGGUCAGACCGAACCGAAAUCCAGUCGGUUUACACAAAAACGGAAGCUCCUUCAUUUCUUUCUCCCUUUCUCCCUUUCUUUCAUUCAUUCAGAAAGAAAUCACACAAACCCAGCCAAAAAAACCCCUAGCACUGUAAGCCUACACCCCCGCCGCAAGGAGUGGCAUACUGCCGCCAUCCGUCGCACUCAAAGUUCGGCGUCCGUCCGUCUAUCUAGGUUCCCUCGUGCUCCAAGUCUUCAAUCCUGUUCGCUUUCACCGAUCGCGGCUGCUUCCUCGAGCUCGGCGUCCGUCGUCUUUGUCUGCUCAGCCGCGCUUCCGUCGCCGUUUGUUUGCCGUUCACGUUCGCGUCUUCGUUCAGCUGUCGUCUUCGUUCGCGUUCUUCGCCGUUCACGUUCGCUCGGCGUUCACCGUUAGAGUUCACUCGCCGUUCACCGUUCGAGUUCGCAUUCGCGUUCGUCUGGAAGCCACGUUGCUCUGCUUCAAACUCUGCGACCAACCCGCGCGCUCCACCUAGCCGUCGAACUGCUCUCUUUUGUCGCCGCCGUUGCAAGCUUCCCUUUUAUAGAUCAACACAUUAGGUUGGCAAAUAAAACAAAGGUGGUAUAUCAUGUGCACAUUGAAUGGAGUAAGAAGAGUUGAUCUUCAAUAGAAGUAGGUGAAUGGAGUUAGAAAAGGUGAUAAUUUUCAACAAAAAUAGAUGGCGAAUUGAAUAUUCUUGAUUAUCCAUAAAGAUUCAUUCCACGAAUUGAACCUUAUAUCAAAUUGUAGAUCAAAAUAGUUUCAUACCUAACACUUACCCCCAAUGUCUCAACCAGAAAAUGAGUCCCAAUCUCCACACCGCCACCACCAUCAACCUCACCAUCUUAAAAUCCCUCUUACACCGUUCAAUUUCCCUAAACCACUUCAACCAGAUCCUCUCCCAAUCCAUUCUCACUGGCCACAUCCACAACACACUCUUCUCCACCAAACUCUUCACCUUCUCCCUCCCCUCCUUCCCCUUCCACCACUCUCUCCGCAUUUUCACCCACUUCCUCCAAAACCCUAACCCCUUUGCCUCUAACUCCCUCAUGCGUGCUCACGUCGAUCGCAACCAACCCCACCAUGCCAUUUCCCUCUACAACUCCCUUUGCAGAACAAGUGCUGUUUUUGAUAACUACACACACCCCAUCCUCCUCCGUGCAUGCGCCUCACGUACCUCUGAGCUCGAGGGGAGGCAAGUGCAUUCCCAUGUUCUCAAGAUGGGUUUUGGUUCUGAUCUUUAUGUCAACAAUACCUUGAUUAAUUUGUAUGCUGUUUGCGGGAACAUGGAGAGCGCUCGCAAGGUGUUCGAUGAAAGUCCCGUGUUGGAUAAGGUUUCGUGGAACACUUAUUUGGCUGGGUAUGUUCAAUUGGGUGAUGUGGAGGAAGCAGAGAAGGUUUAUGCUAUGAUGCCAGUGAGGAACACGAUUGCUUCGAAUUCGAUGAUUGUGCUGUUUGGGAAGAGUGGUUGUGUUGAGAAGGCGCGCCAACUGUUUGAUGAGAUUGAGGAAAAGGAUAUGAUCUCGUGGACUGCGAUGGUUUCAUGUUAUGAGCAGAAUGGGAUCUUUGAGGAGGCCUUGGGUUUGUUUGUUGAGAUGAAUGCUAAUGGGGUGGUGGUGGAUGAGGUGGCCGUGAUUAGUGCUGUGUCUGCUUGUGCACAUUUGAUGGUAGAUAGGACUGGGAAGGUGAUACAUGGCUUGGCUACAAAGGUAGGGAUUGAAGGUUAUGUUAGCUUGAAGAAUGCAUUGAUCAAUUUGUACUCGACUUGUGGGGAAAUAUUGGAUGCUCGGAAGGUUUUUGAUGGUUGUUUGCUUGUGGAUCAGAUAUCUUGGAACUCAAUGAUUUCCGGGUACUUGAGAUGUGGCUCGGUUGAGGAUGCUGAGAUGCUGUUUGAUUCUAUGCCUGAUAAGGAUGUUGUGUCUUGGAGUGCUAUGAUAUCCGGUUAUGUGCAGCAUGAACGAUUCUCGGAGGCCUUGGCUUUGUUUCAGGAAAUGCAGGUUCAUGGAAUUAGGCCUGAUGAGACUGUUUUAGUGAGUGUUGUCUCGGCAUGCACCCGUCUUGCUGCUUUGGAUUUGGGCAAAUGGAUUCAUGCUUAUAUAAGUAAAAAUAGAUUGAAAGUUAAUUUCAUCUUGGGCACAACACUUAUAGAUAUGUACAUGAAAUGUGGUUGUGUGGAGAAUGCAUUGGAGGUUUUCCAUGGAUUGGAGGAAACGGGGGUUUCUACAUGGAAUGCGCUCAUUCUUGGGUUGGCAAUGAAUGGUUUAGUACAAAAGUCACUUAGCAUGUUUGAGAUGAUGAAAAAAUCAGGAACUUGUCCUAAUGAAAUUACAUUUGUGGGAGUUCUUGGGGCUUGUCGGCAUAUGGGACUAGUAGACGAGGGGCGCUGCUACUUUAAUUCCAUGAUUGAAGAACACAAGAUAGAGCCGAAUGUCAAGCAUUACGGAUGCAUGGUUGACCUGUUGGGGCGUUCGGGUUUGCUUAAGGAAGCAGAGGAAAUGAUCGAGAGUAUGCCGAUGGCACCGGAUGUUGCUACAUGGGGUGCUUUGCUUGGUGCAUGUAGGAAGCACAACAACAAUGAAAUGGGAGAGAGGGUUGGAAGAAAACUCAUUCAGCUUCAACCUGAUCAUGAUGGUUUCCAUGUGUUAUUGUCAAAUAUAUACGCUUCGAAAGGGAAUUGGGGCAAUGUUCUUGAAAUUAGGGAUAUUAUGGCACAACAUGGGGUGGUGAAGAUACCUGGUUGUAGCAUGAUUGAAGCAAAUGGGAUAGUUCAUGAAUUUUUUGCAGGGGAUAAGACACACCCAAAAAUCAAUGAUAUUGAACAUAUGUUAGACGUAGUGGCCGCAAAAUUGAAGAUUGAGGGAUAUACACCAAGCACAAAUGAGGUUUCACUUGAUAUUGAUGAAGAAGAGAAGGAAACUGCACUUUUCAGCCAUAGUGAGAAACUUGCGGUCGCGUUCGGACUGAUCACUAUUCCUCCGCCAACCCCUAUCAGAAUAAUGAAGAAUCUGCGAAUAUGUAAUGAUUGCCACACCGUGGUGAAACUAAUCUCAAAAGCAUUCAAUCGCGAAAUUGUGGUGAGGGAUCGUCAUCGCUUCCACCACUUUAAACAUGGAUCUUGUUCCUGCAUGGAUUUUUGGUAGAAGAAUUGUUGCAGACAAUUGAAUUGGUUUGGAGCAGCUUGCAGUCAUAAAACAUCACUUGGCUUGAACUCCUCUUAGUUUUGCUCAAGCUUGAUCCUGAUCAUGAAUUGAUUAUUGAGCUUUUGGAUCCACAACUUGUAACAAUUCAUAAAAACUUGCUUUCACUAAGAUUCAUGAGGGUUCAACAAAGUUGAUUCAUCUUCUUACCAGAUUAAACCUGAGGUAAUCACAACAUAAGUUCAUCUAAAAUUAUAUUGGCAUGGCAGCCCAAAGUUCAACACAGCCAUGAAAAGGAUAUGAUGUGAUUGGUAUAAACUACAAAGGUGUCACUGAAGACUAUGAGCCUGCCAUUUCUGCAUGCUUCGGAAUAUUGGGGUACCACUUUUUAUUAUUAUUUUUUUUUCAAGAGAAUGAUCAAUUAAAUGUGGACUACCACAAUGCUUGAUUAUCUCAUAUAUU